AAGGAAGCCGGAAGUGAGCGUCUCCGGAACCCGGAAGUCCUGGCAGGAAAAGGCGAGCGGGGACUUCAGCCGGGAUGGACGAUACACUCUUCCAGCUAAAGUUUACAGCCAAGCAGCUGGAGAAGCUUGCCAAGAAGGCAGAAAAGGACUCCAAAACAGAACAAGCCAAAGUCAAGAAGGCCCUUCAGCAGAAGAAUGUGGAAUGUGCUCGGGUUUACGCAGAGAACGCCAUCCGGAAGAAGAACGAAGGUUUGAACUGGCUGCGCAUGGCUUCCCGUGUAGAUGCUGUGGCCUCCAAGGUCCAGACAGCUGUGACCAUGAAGGGAGUAACCAAGAAUAUGGCCCAGGUGACCAAGGCCUUGGACAAAGCGCUCGGCUCCAUGGAUCUUCAGAAGGUUUCGGCUGUGAUGGACAAGUUUGAACAGCAGGUCCAGAAUUUGGAUGUCCACACUUCAGUGAUGGAGGACUCCAUGAGCUCAGCCACCACUUUGACGACGCCCCAGGAGCAAGUGGACAGUCUGAUCAUGCAGAUUGCGGAGGAGAACGGCCUGGAGGUCAUGGACCAGCUGAGCCAGCUGCCCGAAGGGGCCUCGGCCAUGGGAGAGAGCUCGAUGCGUUCGCAGGAGGAUCAGCUGUCACGGAGGUUGGCUGCCUUGCGGAAUUAAUCCUCCCGCCCCCUCGCAGACGGUUGCUCCUGCCUUGUUCCCCUGUGAUUUGUGGGGUUUCUGCCUGGAGCCCUGUGGCCUUCCAGCCCUCUGGCCAUUCUCUUCAAGGGGCAGGGAGAAGACAGCCCUGUCCACCUCUGCAGGCCUGCCCUGCCCGGCGUGGACCUCCUCCUCCUCCUCCUCCUCCAGCAAUGCAUAGCUCCUGCCUAAGAAGCUGUGGUGACCGCAAGACUCUGUGUGGGCGUGCCUGGUCCUUGGCCAAGGGCUCUCCUGCAGUGGAUGCCCCGCCUCCCCCAAGAGCUUCUCCUCCCAGCCUGCGCUUCCCCCCCUCCCCCUCCCCCGGCCUGAGGAGAGGACCCCGAGCAUGCGGCGCUUGCCUCUUGGAAGCAGGGCCCUUGGGGGAGUGAGGGCUCCCAAGAGGGCCAGGAACAAGCCUGGGGCUGCAGGCCUAGAUUCCGGCCUGCUGGCGGCUCCUCCUGAUGCCGGUUCCUGCCCUGUUCCCUCUUCCUUGUUCCGUGUACGUGGGGAGACGCUGCCACCUGGAAGUUGGGGAGACGCUGCCAGGAAGACGGAGGGGCCCCCUUUUUCUGGCAGCUCCGGGACCUGCCUUGGAUUCACAGACCACAAAGUGACCUUUGAGAAAAGUGGCCCUGCUGGCCCUCGGCCUUCAUGCGUGUGCCUCGCCCUCCCCU